UCACAUCAUGUGAUUAUCCGUCUGUCUGUAUGUCCUCGCAGAAAAUAAGGAAGACGACAAAACAGUCACAGAGAAAUACACCCAACAACAAAGAUGUUUGCGUUUUUCCACAGAAUUCUAGACUGGUUUAAGAGUCUAUUCUGGAAAGAAGAGAUGGAGCUUACUCUAGUAGGGCUCCAGUAUUCGGGGAAAACGACAUUUGUUAAUGUGAUAGCGUCGGGUCAAUUUAGUGAAGAUAUGAUCCCAACAGUAGGUUUUAACAUGAGGAAGAUAACCAAGGGCAAUGUCACAAUCAAGCUGUGGGAUAUUGGUGGCCAGCCACGGUUCAGAACGAUGUGGGAAAGAUAUUGCAGGGGAGUAAAUGCUAUUGUAUACAUGGUAGAUGCAGCUGAUCAAGACAAGAUUGAGCCCUCUAGGAAUGAACUACAUCACCUCCUAGAUAAACCACAGCUUCAGGGUAUCCCAGUGUUAGUUCUGGGUAACAAAAGGGACCUGACCGGUUCCCUAGAUGAAAAGGAGCUUAUAGAAAGGAUGAAUUUGUCUGCAAUUCAAGACAGAGAGAUCUGUUGUUAUUCAAUAUCAUGUAAAGAAAAAGAAAACAUUGAUAUAACAUUACAGUGGUUAAUUCAGCAUUCUAAGUCAGGACGAUAGAGAUUGUAGUGUGUGCCAAAGACUUGACGGAAUUUAUUUAGCAAGACGGUGAAAGAUUUUAGUGGCGUUUUAUUUAUAUUGACGUCCAUAGCAAUGCAACUGUGACGUUGGGGAAAGAUUGAAGAGGAGAAUCGCCUGGCAUUUGAGGACAUGGUAUCGAUUUAUUCAGUAAAAAAAUAAGAUGAAUUUUGAAUCAAAUCAAUAAAUAUAUUUACUAGAUGGACAGUGUCAUUUGAUAUCAACAAGAAUGGUGUAUAGGCAUUGUAAAAUAUUUUUAUAUACAGGCCAGUGAUUUUGUUUUGUUUACAUUAAUAACAUUCUUAGUAAGACCAUUGUGUAACUUGACAAAAGUUGCUAAAACGGAAACUGAAGCGCCAAAGUAUGAUUGUCUAAAUUUUGGUAACCCCAAUGCCUAAAUUCACUGAAGGCAUAAAAUUCAGUGACAUAUUGUAAAGAGAAUAUUAUAAUGGUGUACUCUUAAUUUAAAAUGCAUCAAAAGUGAAUGCUUGGAAACAGCUUGGAAAUUUAUUUCCAUAGUGACUUAUGACAUAAUAGUAGUUCUGUAAUAAAGAAAUUCGGAGAAAAAAAACCCAUCUGUGUUAUUACAAAGUGUUUUAUAUAUUUCUUGAAUCAAAAUACACUAUUGUUUACUGUUUUAAGUUUACCAAUGCCGAUGACCAGUGCAUCGUGUACAUGUGAUAGAAAGAGACGCAGUGUAGGACAUUUUCUACGAUAUUUUUUUUCUUGAUUUAUCAUUCCAUCAAUUGCUAUUGAAAUAUAUAUGUUAAAUAGUAAGAUAAUGCAUAUUUAAUGAGAGUGGUGAAUGAUAUAAUAACUACAUGUGUGGAAUUUGUGUUAAUCAUUUACAGUGGAAUUUGCUUUUGUGAAACGUUAUUGCAAAUACAAACUUGCAGUUGUGUUAAUGAUAAAUGUUGUGACCUCAACUGUCAUUUCGGCAUUUAUGCUGUUUUUAUACUGAAUGACUGUCAGACAAGAUCAACAAUUUCAUGAUGGUUGAAACUGAAAAAUGCUUGUAUAGAAAUAUUCUUUUAAAUCAAUUAGUAAAUAAGAUUGACCCAGCUCUAAAUUAUUACUGGUGAAAGAAUUGUUUUGAGUGAAUUGAAGCAAAGUUAUCUUUUUUUGCCAAAUAUUUUUAUAUUUAUUUAAACAAAUGUAUGAAGGGAUGGCUAAAUGAUAAAGGGAGGUAAUUACUCAGGUGUGACCAUAGUAUUUACAUCCCCUGAUAGUGCAAUAUGAGCUCUAGCUGCCCUUCCUCAGUAAAAUGCUGAAUAAAAUAAUCCACAAAAAAGGAAUCGCUACUUGAAGGAUUCAUUUGGUAUAAUCGGGAAAUUUUACAGAAUCUCUUUUCUUUUCAAUCGAGAAAAAGAGGAACAAUUUAUGGAAAAUAGAUAAUGGUGCAUGUAGCUACACCUAUAUAGGUUGUAACAUCUGUAAGACAUAUAAUAGAUUUGUUUUUGAGGAAAUGUCAUUACAAUUGAAUAAUAAAUUAUAUGAGGAUAUGGAUUGUGGUUGAUAAUAUGCUGAUGUCAAUGAGCAUGUGUAACAGUAAUAGGGUUAACGUUUGGAAAGUGCUGUGGGUCAAUUUAGUAUUGUAUUCUCGUACAAAGCACCAGAUGUGGAGAAAAAAUAACACGAGUAGGUGUCGGAUCUAUAUCUUAAUAUGGCGACAUGUAAUCCUCAUCCGGGUUUUUUAAGUGAUAAAUAACAACCUGGUUAGAUUUGUGUUAAUGACAUAAUCACAACAAUGACAUGUUUAGAGCUAUUUUGCUGGUAUCACAUACACAAAUUUGUGCUGUUUUGCUGGUAUCACAUACACAAAUUUGUGCUGUUUUUCUUGAAUAUUCAUCAUGACAAAGUUGUGAUUUGUAUGAAAUAUUUAUGAUAAUCUAAACUCUUGCUUAAAACUGCUCUACUUGUCUGUUGUGUGCAUCUUCAAUGUUUAUAGGUUUAUACGCUAUCAUAUGUUCACAGUAUGUAUCUCUCACUUAAAAUGUGUGAUAGUUUUUUGAAUGAUCAUGUGAGUUUUUGUAUGAGAUUGGUAGCCUUAGUGAGGCCAAACAAAAUGAUAAACUUAGUUUUUCCUGUUGCGGCUCGAGGAAGAAAUGGGGUAGAUAAGUAGGGAAAACAUCAUAUUUGAUCCCCCCCCCCAUGUAAAUCUCAUUUUAUUGCAUGUAUUUAAAGUAUCAUACAAUAUUAUGGUGAAUUUGUUUUGUUUGGCCCGAUACAUGUGGACUGUGUUUUGUAAAUUUUUAGUAUGACAGUUAUUAUAUAAUAUGAUGACAUUUGCAUAUUUCAUUGAUAUGUUAGUAUGCAGGAGAGGUGGACAUGUGAGUUAAUUAUGAUAUAGUAUACAUGGUUCAUAGAUACAAUAAUACUUUUGAUUUUCACUAAAUACAAUUAUGCACCAUAUAUUAGAACUCCAUUUUGCAUAUUUAUGUAAACAUAUAUUUAUAUAUCAUAUGUUUAUUUCAUUGCUACGUACAUAUGGUGUUUGAAUUCUCCAUUUUACUAUAUCCUACUGUAUAAGUCAUGUUUGUUAUAGUUCUUUUUUCGAGAAUUUAAACUAAAUAAAACAACAGACAUAUCCAAAAUUUGGUCAAAAAUUUGUUACGAUUUGAGGAAAAUGAUUUACAAACUGAUGAAAACAACUUUAAAAAAAACAAGUUUUCAUGUGUUUUGCCUUGCUUUAUAUAAAAUGAAGUUUAUGCCACUUUGCAUUAAUAUUUGAACAGUACCUGUUUUCUUAAAAAAAUCUUAUAAAUGGUGCUUAAGUCUAUAGUCCUGACCUGUAAGUGAAGAUAUUCUAGCAUACCACACCACUAGGUCAAGUUCCAGAGGGAACAAUAUGAAAUAAAUAACUUAUUGUAUGGGAAUUUUUCUACUCCCAGCUAUUUAGUGAAACAUAAUACCUGUGUACAACCUACAGGAUAUUGCUGUGUGUUGUCACUGUCAAAGAUAGAAAUGUCACUAGUCUGUAACUUAACUUAUUUAUUGAGGUCUUUAACUAAUGCACACAUUUCAACAAAGCAAGACAUAAAAGUAUCCUUAACAUCAAUUUACUCUUUCUUUGUGGUGUUUUGAACAAAUGAAAAUUUUCCUGCAAUAUUCCGGAAUGCCUUGUGACUAGAAUGAAGAAGAUGUGGCAUUGUUUAUAGACGUGUGAACUGGUCAGCUAUGCAGUGCUGUGUUGUAUGUAAGGAUACAUAAUGUAACUAGUGUUAUCUUGAUGAGUUCUGGUUUAUUCAUGAAUGUCUGAAUGAGCUGAUUGCGUAGAUGCUUUCACGACACAUGAAAAAGUAUCUUUGUAUUCAUCUCAUUUGAUAAGAAUGACUGUAAUUUAAUUGGAAAACAAGUAGAAAUAUGAUUUUGUCAGCUUUAGUGUCAAUACUCGCUGUUGUCGUAAUGUGAAUUUAUAUUGUACAUAGUACUACAACUAUAUAUAUAUAUAUAUUUGUCCUGUGCAUUCAACAGUUAUCAGCAGAUCAAAAAUACAAGAUACAACAAAA